UUUCAGAGUGCAUCAAUUCUGACUGUAAGAGGUUUGGACUCAAGGGUGUAAGGGGUUGGGACGCUCUGGUGCAACCUUGCUGAAAUCAUGCUAGGUUGUAUGCCAAGUGGGUGGUCUUAGGAGAGCAAACUGAGGAGUCCCUGUGUGUUCUUUCUGAAGUUAGUCCCUCCAAACUGUUAUAGGCUAUCAGCUGUUGUCUGCUUUGUUCAAAUAACAGGGGAAAGGGCUUGUCCCUAUACUUGUUGGGGCUGUUUCCUACGCAAAUAUGGAUGGCUGCUCCCUUUCAUAAGGGAAAAGAAGGGUGACUGAGCAUUAUAUUCUAUGCAGCUAUAUGAAAGUCUUAGUCUACAAUGCCCAGCUGGCAAAGCACCUGCAAAUCCAGCACACCAGACCUUGUGAGGUGCACGUCUACCUCUUGAACGUUUGAGAUUUUUGGCUGCAGGCAGGGAGAUGGUUUGGCAGCCUACAAGGCAGUGGGGUGUAGGGGCUCUCUGGGCCCUUGCAACAUCAGCUCAACCUUCUCUGAAACAAGUCAAUACCCAGGAGUCGAGAGCCAGAACAAGACAUGCAUCUGACCUUGGAAGGUGCAGAGAGGACUGAUUACUGACACCUUGCCCCUAACUGGAUGAGGAAGUGAAAUUCCCUGGAUCAAUUGACCUCCUGGUUCUUCCUGGCCGACUUGCUGAAUGACGAGGCCGCCGAUGACUACGAGUACUACGACGAGUACACGCAGGCCGAGGAGGACCUCUUCCACCAGAUGCAGACCUUGGAGGACCCCGACUGGUUUGAGGAGUUCUUUGGCUACAGCGACACCCAGCAAGGUGCUCCGGGGUGGGCUGGGGGCUGACCCUUGCUCCUCUGAUCCCUGCAAGAAUAAUGGGCGGUGUGAGAAGAGAGGAAGCAGCUUCAGCUGCGUGUGCCCCAAGCCAUACACCGGGACUACCUGCGAGAAAGUGAAGGACAUGUGUCUGGAGAAGAGCUGCGUCAGAGGAGACUGCCUUGUUACGCUAACCCCACCUUACUCUCAGUGCAGCUGCAGUCAUCCCUACAAGUUACCGGACUGCCACCACGCAUCUUCACAAUGCAGGCCAAACCCAUGCAAGAAUGGAGGAACCUGCAUACGGCACAGAAUCAGAUCAAAGUUCACCUGCAAGUGCCCUGAGCCAUUCAGAGGGAGGUUCUGUGAGAUCGGAUUGGAUGACUGUUAUGAAGAAGACUCCCUUGGGUACAGAGGAAGAGUGAACCAAGCAGAGAAUGGCAAGACCUGCCUGCACUGGAAUUCCCAUUUGCUCCUGGACCUCCCUGUUAAUGCAUUUAUGGAGGAUGCCGACACUUAUGGCAUCGGUGAACAUAACUUCUGCAGGAAUCCUGAUGAGGAUCAAAAACCCUGGUGCUACAUCAGAAAAAAUAACGAAGUGGAGUGGGACUUCUGUGACAUUUCACCCUGCUCAGGAACAGCUCAGGAGAGCCAAUGGCCAACAGACAGCCUAGCAGACCCAAGCGGAACAAAUUCAAUAUUCAAAACAUGUGGACAACCAGAAGGUCAGAGGGCACUCAAGAGGAUCUAUGCUGGAGUUAAAACUACAGCUGGCAAACAUCCCUGGAUGGUGUCUCUGCAGAGAAAGACUUCAAGAAGCAGCACACAUUUCUGUGGUGGAGUGCUAAUUAAAUCGUGCUGGGUUCUUACUGCUGGACACUGCCUUACAGAGCCAGCAGAAAAUCUCCAAGUGGUUCUUGGAAAGCAAGACCUCAAGAAGAGGGAACAUCAAGAGCAAAUAUUUGAUGUGGAGAAGAUCAUCGUACACCACAAAUACAGAGAGAAGGGUGGUGUCCCACACAAUGAUAUUGCAUUACUCAAGUUGAAGCCAGUUGAUGGUCACUGUGCCGUGGAAACAAAGUAUGUGAAAACAGUGUGUCUGCCUAACUUCUACUUUCCCGUUGGGACUGACUGCUUCAUUUCAGGAUGGGGUGCAACAGAGACAGAUGAUAUAUCCCAUCAGCUGCUAGAUGCCAAUGUCAAGCUGAUUUCACAGAAGCAAUGCAAUGCACCCAGAGCAUAUGAUCAGCUACUGGAUGAAAGCAUGUUUUGUGCAGGAAAUCUUCAGAGACCCAGAGCUGAUUCUUGUCAGGGAGACUCUGGAGGCCCUCUAACUUGUGUAGAAAACGGCUCCUACUAUGUAUAUGGCCUUGUGAGCUGGGGUGAUCAGUGCGGGUUAAAAAACAAGCCAGGAGUUUAUACCCAGGUGACAACAUUUCUCAGUUGGAUUAAAUCCAAAAUUCGGUCAGAGUCAAGAUCACUUCAGUAGGAGACAGCUCUGGAAUGGCAAAAGAAUUUCUGAAGCAUCAGGAUUGACUGUGACCUGCUGAGAUCCUUCUGCCCCCAGUUGGUCCUGUAAUAAGAUCAAACAACUAAAUUGUGAGAACAGCCAAUAGACAGGAGAAAGCUUUAACUAUUAUUCUACAAAUAUAUUUACAAAUUAAAAAUUACCUCAACUAGAAACAACUGGACAAAAUCUGAAUUACUGCUCUGUACUGAGGACAUCUCUGCCGUGGAGAAAUGCAGAUACCUGACCCAUGCGUGUAAGUUAAAUGACACACAUAUCCAAGGACAGAAUGUGCUCAAGGCCUAAUUUCUAAAUUGAGCCUUAAAUAACGAGCAACCUAGCAAGUUCCAAGUGAAUUGCACACCUGUAGAUUUCCCUGGGACCAUCAGAUCAUUACCACACGUAGGGCUUAAGAAGAUACUGCCUGCAGUCACCACUGCCUGCAUUGCUCAACCAUAGUUAUAAUUUAUUUCCUGAGUAGCUUUUCAGAUGGGAAUGUAAGUCAUGGGUAUGUCCUGUUUCUUUUGUGUUGGGUUAUUGUUUGACUUGUUGCCAAGGUUAAAACUUAAAUGAAACAAGUAUUUAAAGUGCAGAGCUUCUCUUUUACUGUAACUUAAUGCUUCCUAACUGCAGGGGUUACAAGAUCUCUGUGUGGACUUUUGUUUUAUUAUGCUGGGAAAUUGCAGGCUGGGAGCCAUGCUGUGGAGGUGAGGGAGAAGGAAAACCUGGGGAAAAAACAAGUUUGUAAUUUCUUGCAGCUUGGGACGGACAGGGGUGGAGGAGGCUGGAGCAAAAAGCUUCCCACAGUAUGCUUUAUGUUCUUAGGAGUCUACACUGAGCUUGUCAAUACAGCUGUCAGUGGAGAUUACAGGGUAACAAGGAUGUGUCUUGCCGAAACUAGGAAAAGAGAAAGGGAGUUGCACAGGGAGUCCUUUCCAACUGAAAUUUUGCUCUCUGUGGAUAUAGCAGGACACUUUGAGAUCUGACAACAUCCAAAGUUAAGGGAAACGCAUCCUGUAGUGUAAGUAAAAUCCUGUCCUGGGGCAUUUCCUGAUCCCUAAAGGAAUUACUCAACCCUGACAUAGCUGAAUUCCCUUGAGAGGUUCCUUCAUACUGAGGUGUACACAAAGCUUGAUGAUGGAAGCAAUAUAUAUUCUGUUUAAAUAAUUGGGAGAACUGCACUGCCCAGGGAGCAUCCAAAAAGCAUUAAACAGGAUGUGUGCCUGCCUGCCUUCUACAGAGCAGAGCUCUUGCAAUUUGUGAGAAGAAUGAUUUACUUACAACUUGAGGUCCAUACUGAGCAGAAGCAGCUUGCAUUGCCAUGUCCCGAAGGUAUGCCAGCUCAGCAGCUCUUCUUGCCAUUUCGACUUUGUAAGAACCUGGGGGAGUCCAGCCGAUGCCUCUGAGCCAGUUCAAGUCAGACUUGUAUUUUACCUAAGAGAACGAAAUGUACACUAGUGUGUAUUCAAUUUGGUUGACGUUAAUCAAACCACAUGCCCUGGGUUUUCAAGAGAGAACAUAUAAAGAGCAACGGGGUCAAUAAUAAACAAAUUGUUUGUUCUCCACAAACAGACUGUAGUUCUUUUAAGGAUGAUUUUGUUGAUAGACAAGCUCUGUGAAGCACAUUGCCACAGACAGCUCCUAGCGCCUGACAGG